GCGUAAAGUUGCAGAGCGCACCACUGCUGACCGGAGCUAUAUUCAUGGCGGAAAACCAAUACGACCUAAGCCCUCGAAUCCUUUGCCUCCUCACCAUUCUCAACUCUCUCCUUCUCUGCCUCGGCAACACAGGAGGCCCGAUCCUCCUCCGCACCUACUUCCUCCACGGCGGGCGGCGCCAAAGGAUCUCCAUCUCAUCCUUCCUCGAAACCGCAGGUUUCCCCCUCCUCCUCAUCCCCCUCUCACUCUCCUACCUCCAUCGACGCCGCUCCAAUCCCUCCACCCCUUUCACCCACCUCAACACCCGCCUCCUCAUCGCCUCCACCAUCAUCGGCAUCCUCACCGGCCUCGACGAUUUCCUCUACGCAUACGGCCUCGAUUACCUCCCCGUCUCCACCGCCAUCGUGCUAACAGCGACGCAUCUCGGCUUCACGGCCUUCUUCGCUUUUCUGAUCGUGCGGCAGAGAUUCACCCCGUUUUCGAUAAACGCGAUCGCGUUAUUGACGGUGGGUGCGGCCGUGCUUGCGUUGCACGCGAAUGGCGAUCGGCCGAAGGGAGUGAGUGCGGCGGGGUAUUGGAAGGGUUUUUUCAUGACGAUCGGGGCCGCGAUGCUGUACGGGCUGGUGUUGCCGUUGAUGGAGCUGGCUUAUGCCAAGGCGGAGAUCGUCGUAACAUACACGCUGGUGAUGGAGAUGCAGUUUGUGAUGGGGCUUUUCGCUACCGCGUUCUGCGUCGUCGGGAUGGUCAUCAACGAGGAUUUUCAGGGGAUUGAUGGAGAAGCGGAGAAGUAUGGAUUGGGAGAGGGGAAAUACUAUUUGGUUCUGGUUUGGUGCGCGGUGUUCUGGCAAUGUUUCUUCGUGGGAGCUGUGGGGGUUAUCUUCUGUGUUAAUACGCUGCUCGCCGCCGUGAUCAUCGCUUCGCUUAUUCCGGUGGUGGAGGUUUUGGGAGUCGUCUUCCUGCAGGAGAAAUUCAGCGGUGAGAAGGCGGUUUCUCUGAUACUCUCGCUCUGGGGAUUGCUUUCUUAUUCUUACGGCGAGUAUCGACGGCGGAAUGAGGAGUCCGGCGGAAGCAGAAGUCCGGCGGCCGCCGCCCCAACCGUUGAAGUGGUCACU